UUCAAUUUUUCUCACUGAUCGUCUCUUCCUCUUCCUCUGUUUCCUGUAACUGCGCCAUUUACACCAUUCAACUGUACUUCCAUGGCUUGUGGAAGAAAAUGCAGUCCAUUUCCUUCCCCUCUUCAAUCGCCGGAUCCGCUCUCGCAGUCCCAUGGGCCAUUCUUGUCCGUCGAAGUUGGUCAUAACCUUGGUCAAAUUCAUGUUCUUCAAGUCGUGAUGGCCGCCGUGGCUUCCAUAUUUGGUAUGCUUCUCCUUUUUUUCGUUGUGCUAAAAUUUUUGGGAAGGUACUUUUCGAGGAGAUAUUACAAUAGGAGAAACAACCCACCGAUACUGUUUGAUAUUCGCGGAGAUUCCGCGUUCUCUGAUGACGAUGGACCGCCGAUUAUGCAUCCGAUCUGGUUCAUCAACACCGUCGGUCUCCAACAAUCCGUUAUAGAUUCAAUCGCAGUCUUCAAAUACAGAAAAGACGAUGGAUUAGUGGAAGGAACAGAGUGCUCUGUAUGUUUAGGUGAGUUUCAAGAAGACGAGAGCCUCCGUCUGUUACCUAAAUGCAGCCACGCUUUUCACGCUCAGUGCAUAGAUACGUGGUUGAGAUCGCGUAAGAAUUGCCCCUUGUGUCGUGCUCCGAUAGUUCGUGAGACUUCCGGAAGAGAGGUAAGCGCCGCCGUGACUGUGCCUGAACUCAACGUCGCCGGCGAGACCCGUGCGGAGAACUCGGAUAGUAGUGGUGGGGUAGGCAGUUCUCAGGUUGGAGAAGGUGAGAGUAGUGAAUUGAGGCUUGAAGAUGGUGAUUCUGGGAUUGUGCCAGCUGCUGAAGAGGGAGCAGAAGGUGAAGUUUCAGAUAAAAAUUUGGGUAAUUCUGAGAAGAUGAGGAGAGUGAGUAGAUCAGUUUCAGUACAUUCUUAUCCUUCUACGUUUGAAGCACCAAAUCAGGAGCUGAAUUCUUAUUCUCUACACUCGUUUUAAGAUUGGACGCUCCGGGAUCUAUCUUCUCCAUGCCAUAUAUAUACCUCAAUCAUAUACAGAAGGAGGAAUUCAGAGUAGAGAGUACAGAGCCAGAGCUCAAGUAUUUCUCCUCUGUUAAAGUACUAUGCAUGUAUUGUGGAUUGACCCACCAAAUCCUUGAAAUUCUGGGUCUUGCAUAAAAGUUAGUUGGAUGUUAGUUUGCCCAGCUUUUCCAGGUAGUUAGAUAUGUUCAUGGCAAAUUAA